GCGUAGUUGUUAAUUUGUUAUUACUUGACUUUGUUUUAUCAAACAAUUCAUGUGAAAAUAAUUUUGAGAAUUUUAUAAUCUCAAAAUUAUUUGGGCAUGGCCAGCUAAUGAUUUCAGGUCUUCUCCCCUCCUCUUUCUCUCUCUCCCUCUCUCUUCCUCUUUCUGACUUCCAAUCCUUCCAUUAAAACUCUCAAAACAUAAUAUUUUCCUCCCACUAAACCACCAGCUUUUCCUCCACCCCAAACGGGCAACAAAUGAGUGGGAGAACCUACGUUGUGAUAUUCUUCUUCUGGGCUGCCCUCACUCUCAUCACCCCCACACUCAUUUUCCUCUCAGAGACUUCAAAACCCUACUUGGAUUCAAAUGGUGAGAAAAUUGAAGGAAUCAAGGCUAGAAGAAUGAUAGAAAUCAUGAGAUAUCAAAGAAGCAGAGCAACCACAGAAGCACCUGCACCAACUCCAACUUCAGACCUGAAACCAGCUUUGGAGACUAGAGAAACCAAUAUUGGAAAGGGCUUGUUAGAAUCUUUGAGAUUGAUGAUCAAAAAUACCAAGUUCAAGUUAACGUGAGUGCAUCAGACUGAAUGUCCAAACUAUACAAAAUUCAAGACCAGAGUAUUUUUAGUUUAGAUUUUUCUUGAUGCAUGAAAGCUACUUCCGAGACAGAGCUCGUGACUUUUCGGUUUGAGGCUCUCCGGUUAUCUCCGGGAGAAACAAUGUAAAUGUGACAUGUCAAUGCAAGAAAACAAGUGCACUGGUUUUUCAAGUAUAAUGUUGUUUAUUUCGUUUACUGGGAUGUUAGGUUGUACAAGGAAAAUUAAAGCAUAAUUUAGCUGACCAAACAACAUUGGUGAUGUGAGCAAAGACAUUGAAAAAUGGAUGUUUUUGUCAUUGUCUAAGUUGGGAGUUGCUGACACUGGGGCUGUCUCCUAAGCAAGACAAAAGGCUCAAUUAAUUGUGUUGGUACUUGGUAUCAUAAUUUGCUGCAAUUCGAACGACCAAAUGUAAAUAGGCUUCUAAUAUAAGGGAUAGUGCAGUAAUAAAAAUGUGACCACCCAUGCCACAACCAUCUCUGUGCUUUUGAUGGGUGUUCUGUUCUGUGUCCAAGUGACGGUGUCACGGUUUCAUCGAAAAAUUGCAAUGACAGUGCUUGGCGUCUCUCAAAAAACCAGAACCAACCACAAAUGUAAAUGCAUAAAACACUUUGUUGAUGUAGAAGUAGAUUUAUGUUUCAUCACAAACAAACUCCAUCCAGGUUCGUUUUGAUAUUAAGAAGACAGGAAACUCGUACGGCACAAACACUUUCCAUUUCGCUCAAA